ACUACCCGAAAAAAGAUAAUACGGCAGGGACUGCACGAGUUUCUGUACCUUAUAAUGCGGACACAGAAGGAAAUUGUCACUUAAAUAACACUGCACAAGAAAUAACGCUUACAUUUUUCGAUCCAGCUUGGGUUGUAGAUAUUGUAAUUAUGAAAGACACUCUGAAUGUUGGAGAAAAGACACUUUCAGCAGACGGAAAUGCCUACACAUGGAAAAAGCUGACACUAUCGUAUGUGGUUGACCCACAUUUUAUCAACGCAAAGAAUCCAGGUAAGCAAGGAAGUGCUGAUACGUAUGGUGCAUUUGGGAGCCUCAAAGGAAAUACUGAUGGAUCAUUUAAAUGCAAGGCCGAGCAAACCUUUAACGUUGGAAAGGAUGUAAAACUAAAACUCAGUAAAAUGCAGUAUAGAGCAUUUGGAAACACAAACUCCGCAGAUUUCACAAGUAAAGACGUGUUGGAAUGUGACGCCGAUACCAAUAAUAACGAUAGUGGAACGGAUAACUCAAAGCUUGGUAUUGUGCUAGGCUGUGUGUUUGGUGGUCUGGCUGUUAUCAUUCUUACUGCAGGCGGUAUUUGGUACUACAGGAAGAGAAAAAGUCGCAGUUACGAACAUCUGUAAUGGAUUUCGUAUGCAGAAUAGUACUAGUAUGAACAUUAAAGAUUCAUUUUUCUUGCAUACCUUAUUCUUCAAAUAAUAAAAGUAGAAAAAAAAAAUGU